GGCUUCCGUGGUAAUCGGCGGCGUCGAUUCCGACGGGGUUGCAAGCAGUCAGUGAGUGAGAAGUUACGUUAGGCUAACUGGCUAGAUAGUGUGAUUGCUGAUGCAACAGAUGUCCUCUUUGAGUAACGUGGCAUUACGACAGCGGCAAGAUUAAUCUAACGGCUGAAUUUUGAAGCUGCAUCACUCUUGUUCUUUUUUCACAGAAGCAGAGAAGGAAUCCGAAUCCCUCAGGGCAUAUGAGCAUAUCACUCCGUAGUCUCCAACUCCAACGGACUAUUCAAGGAGGAAUCCUGUAUUGAAGAAAAGGCUUCUCCUUUCUUUCCAGUGUUCUACUUGUGACCGCACUGAAAGAGAAGCAGAUUUGGUCUUCGACUUCGACCCCACCAGACAGUACAAACCAACAGAGCUGCGCAGGUUUCAUCUUUUUUUGCAAUGGCUGCUUCCUCCACUCUUUUCUCCUGCACGGUGCACAAAGAGACACUUGCUCUGAAUAUAUCAGAACGCACUAAAGAUUUAUUAUGUUGCCAUUGGAAAAUGUCAUACAAGCCGUCCAAUCAUUUGAAGCUAAUAUCACAAAGAAACCACAUCCACUGUCAGGCUCUGAAAAUUGAACACCCAUCAUCCUUGUCAGUGGGGCAGAAAUUUCAUCUUGAUGAUGUUAUUGAAGCACAACAGUUUGACAGAGAUACUCUGAAUGCCAUAUUUCAAGUUGCACGAGAGAUGGAAAACAUUGAAAAGAAUGCACCUGGUAGCCAACUUUUAAAGGGUUAUCUUAUGGCAACCCUAUUUUAUGAGCCCUCUACUAGAACCAGACUUUCAUUUGAGUCUGCCAUGAAAAGAUUAGGUGGUGAGGUUUUAACAACUGAAAAUGCAAGAGAGUUUUCAUCAGCAGCCAAAGGAGAGACAUUAGAAGAUUCAAUAAGAACAGUUGAGGGUUACUCUGAUAUAAUUGUGAUGAGGCACUUUGAAAGUGGUGCUGCCAGAAGAGCUGCUGCUACAGCCAGCAUUCCUAUAAUUAAUGCGGGGGAUGGUCCUGGGCAGCAUCCCACCCAGGCACUUCUGGAUGUUUACACCAUUGAUAGAGAGAUAGGAAAACUCGAUGGAAUAAAAGUUGGGCUUGUGGGAGACCUUGCUAAUGGAAGGACAGUUCGCUCACUUGCAUACUUGCUUGCCAAGUACAAUGAUGUGAAAAUUUAUUUUGUCUCUCCUGAUGUAGUUAAAAUGAAGGACGAUAUAAAAAGCUAUUUGACAUCAAUGGGAGUGGAGUGGGAAGAAAGUUCUGAUUUGAUGGAAGUGGCUUCUGAGUGUGAUGUGGUCUAUCAAACUCGUAUUCAAAAAGAGAGAUUUGGUGAGAGGAUUGACCUCUAUGAAGAGGCUAGAGGCAAGUACAUUAUAAAUAAGGAUGUUCUCGGAGUAAUGAAGAAGCAUGCGGUGGUGAUGCACCCUCUUCCAAGACUUGAUGAAAUCACCGCGGAUGUUGAUUCUGAUCCCAGAGCUGCUUACUUCAGGCAGGCCAAAAAUGGUCUGUAUAUUCGGAUGGCCCUUUUAAAACUCUUGCUUGUUGGGUGGUAAGGAACCUUUCGUUUUAUCUUCAAAACGAAUCACGAUACUGCUAUCAGUAUCACAGUUAAACUAGUUUGCUUUCAAGUCUCCCUUGUGGUUUCUUGAAUUUGAUGUGUCUCUUGUUUUUUGGCUGCACCAUCCGCAAUCUGUCGUUUACUAAGCAUGCUAACUAAAAGGUGUCAAAGAGGGGAGCAAUGAACUGGUGAAUAAAUCCAACUUAAACUCCGAGUUCAUGGUGGCUAAAAAGUUACUUCCUUUCUUCAAAGUAUUCAAUUAUUAUUAUUAUUUUAUUUCAUCGCACCUUGGAAAAUCUAGGAUAUUAUCACUAUUCAUCCAGACUAAUCUGGACCCACACUGGGACUGUUUUUACCAAUAGCAGCAUCACAUAUACCUUGGGGAUGCUUUGAAUAUAUUUUAUAUUUAACGUGACUGUAUGUCGUAGGACUUUAAUUUGAGAUUUAGGAUAAGUUGAUUCGACUCCUUGACAAGUUGAACCAAACA